UUCUCUCUCACUCCCCCCCUUGUCUGUCUCAUUCCCUCUUUUUUUCCCCUCCCUCCUACCCCCCUUUCCCCCUCCCCUGCCUCGUCUCCGCAUCGCAAGAGCUUCACCUCGUCCUCCCCCACCCCCCACCCCCUCUCCAACACCCCUCCCUCCCUCACUCUCGCUCUGGCGACUGCCUGGGCGCCUCCUGGACUCUUUGGGAUUCAUACCUAGGGAUGUGUAAGUCACAGGAUGCCCAAUAGCGUUGGAAAGAGAUUUAAACCGACGAAAUACAUCCCAGUCUCCACAGCCGCUGCCUUGUUGGUGGGAUCCACGACUUUGUUCUUCGUUUUCACGUGUCCCUGGUUAACAAGAGCCGUCUCCCCAGCCAUCCCUCUGUACAAUGGGCUUGUGUUCCUGUUUGUGCUCGCAAACUUCAGCAUGGCAACAUUCAUGGACCCUGGGGUUUUUCCACGAGCAGAUGAAGACGAGGAUAAAGAUGACGAUUUUCGUGCUCCACUCUACAAGAACGUGGAGAUUAAAGGGAUCCAAGUACGGAUGAAGUGGUGCGCCACCUGCCAUUUCUACCGUCCUCCACGCUGCUCCCAUUGCAGCGUCUGUGACAAUUGUGUUGAGGAUUUUGACCAUCACUGCCCUUGGGUUAAUAACUGCAUAGGACGGAGGAACUACCGAUAUUUUUUCCUUUUCUUGCUGUCCUUAAGCGCCCACAUGGUCGGAGUGUUCACCUUUGGGCUUAUCUAUGUUUUACACCAUGCAGAAAAGCUGGGGGCAGCGCACACAGCCAUCACCAUGGCUGUCAUGUGUGUGGCAGGAUUGUUCUUCAUCCCAGUCAUUGGCCUCACAGGUUUCCAUAUUGUUUUAGUGGCUCGAGGACGGACAACAAAUGAGCAGGUGACGGGUAAGUUCCGCGGGGGAGUAAAUCCUUUCACUCGAGGAUGCUGGGGUAAUGUGGAGCACGUCCUCUGCAGCCCACUGGCACCGAGGUACAUUGUUGAGCCAAAGAAGCAGCAUCCUGUAAGUGUGAAGCCACCAUUCCUGAGACCAGAUGUAACUGAGCGACAGAUCACGGUGAAGAUAAGUGACAAUGGCAUCCAAGCCAAUCUUAACCGGAGCAAGUCUAAAGUUAGCCUAGAAGGGCUGGAAGAUAAAACCAUGGAUAUUCUGCCUCCUCUACCCCCCAAGGGAGAUUCCAGCAAAUACAGUGAGCUGGGAAGCAGUGAAGAGAGCAGCCUUUCACCCAAACUGAUCAGCCCCAAACUGAUCAGCCCUCCCACUCCUGCGAUGUAUAAAUAUUGUCCAGCUUUCAGUAACGAUCCGAAAAUACUCUAUCAUGGAGCAUCUGAACAGAUCUCUAUACAGGAAGGACACAAGCCAGGAUCUGUGAUGGAGGAGAAUGACAGUAGCCUUGAUUACCAGUCGGAGCCCAGCCUCGAUAUCCCCAGCUACCGGAAAAGUUCCCUUCACAAGACAUACCAGUCUUCUCCACUGCAAGUAGACUCCUUUGCUGUCAACUCAAGGUCCUUGAGCCUGAAAUCUGCAAGCAGGAGAGGAACAAACAAGAUGCCCCUCCAUCCCAUGAAGUCAGAAGGGGCCACUUCUACACCUUACAAAAGCAUCUUUUCCCCCAAUUCUCUCUCAAACAGGAACGGAAGCUUGUCAUAUGACAGCUUGCUCAACCCCAUCUCCCCGUCAGGGAGGAGAUGCAUAGCUCAUUCUGCCAUGGGCUCCGUAGGGUACCACUCGCCAUAUUUGUCCGCCAAAAUGUGCCACCUGCGGGGCAGAGAGCUCCAGCGCGUGCCCCCACAGAGCUUCAGCCCCGUGCUAGGCAACCCAGCCCCUCACCCGCGGGAUCCUUCGCCGGUACGCUACGACAACCUGUCGAAAACAAUCAUGGCGUCCAUCCAGGAGAGGAAAGAAAUGGAAGAGAGGGAGAAACUCCUCCUCUCUCAUCCAGACUCGGUGUUUGCAGACUCUGGGGUCUAUGACACCCCUAGCUCUUACAGCCUCCAGCAAGUCAGCAUGCUGUCAGAAGACCCCCGCAGCAUAGUCAUGAGGUAUGGCUCUAGGGACAACCUGAUGAGCGCCAACAGCUUUAGCGUGAGGAAUCCCAUGCUGCAGACCUCCGUUACUUCGCUCUCGAGUGCAAUGACCAGAACAUCAAGGACUUCUACACCUUCUCUCCAAGCUGACCUAGCCAAUAACAAUGUCCAGGCCCAUCAGGCCCUACAGGGCAGAAUGAGCAAUGGCUCCUACAAGUCACCCAGCCACCAAGUCCCAUCGUCCCCAGGGGGGAUGCCCAGGUCCCCCCUGUACGGAGGCCCUAAAGCUGUCUCAUUUGUUAACACUGUGGAGAUAACGGAAGCACAGCCCAUGGGGACUCCAAGGGAGGACAUCCAGUUGAAGACAUCGCAUAGUAAAAUUAAUGGACAGCCAAAAGGAAUUCCCAGAGUAGAGUGUCGGCUAGGUUCAACAUCUAGCUCCCAGGGUACCCCCAUCAGCCCUGCUAGGCACUCAAACGUUAAGAAAGUGUCUGGAGUGGGUGGAACAACCUACGAAAUUUCAGUAUGAAAAAGAAAUUGUAAUAGAAAGAGCCAUCCGCAAGCCCAGCCGUGAAGCUAGGUGCACUGUGAAGAUUCAGACAAUAAUGGCAACGAGAUGAAAUGUAGGAGCAGCAGCUGUUGGUGACCUUUUAUUUUGUGGGUUGUUUUUUUAAAACUACACAGACACAAACCUUACGUUUUCCCUUUAUUUUUAUUUUAUUUGGCCAAAAACCAGCUGCAGCCUUAUUCUUGAAGGAACAAAACCGUGUACAGCUCAUUGGAAACUCUUGAACAGACAGUUGGGAACUGACUUAACAUCUGCUGACUUAGUGGCACCACAAUUUAGAGGUUACUUUCUUUUUUCGUUUUGCGGAAGAGAAUGGGGAAGCCAUUGUGCGUUUGUCUCUGUCCACCAAGCCUUAUCAUGUAGAUGUUGUGCUGUGGUCUAAAAACAAUUUCAUGCGGACUUCGUGUUUUCCCCCCUUAAACCCUCCAGAUUUGAUGGUAAAGAAUAUGAAGGAACAAUAGGGCCCAACAGGUGUGGUUUUAUUUUUCCAGCCUAUCAGUGAUAAAAUAAUAAAUUGGAGGAUGUAGCAGUUCAUAGCCCCCACUCAGCAGCCUAUUGCAGACAUAGCUUGUUCCUUGCCCACAAUGGCUUCUUAAUUCAUUUCAGGGGAGAAUGCAGAUUCUUGCACCACCCAUUUUUAUGUGCAUACGGUUGGAUCUGUUUCUCCCAUUAGAACGAAUGGAGCAGCCCACGCAUGAACAUGAAGGCCAUGCGCACAUGUAACCAUAUAGGGGUCUCUCUGCAUUGGUGCGCAUGCGUGUGAGAAAAGAACACCAAGCGAUAUCAGUUGUGUUCCUCUUCAACUGAAGGAGGCCAAUGGACCCCAGUAGCCCUCUGAAUAUCAAGCAACCUCCUUGGAGACUGGUCUGUGAGCAAAGGAAGGAAAGGGGUGGUUUUUAGUUAUCCUGUUGCCAUUCAUCGCCAUGUUUGAGAGUCUGUGCUCACCACAGGCUUGUCUUUCAUGUCAUAGAACUGUGAAACAAGCAUGGAACUUCCUCCUUGGACUAUUUUAGGUAGGUUUUUUUUUAAAGCCUGUCCUGCUAAAAAAAGGGGGGGAGAGAGAAAAUAAAAUAUUCAGAUGGUAAACUAUUAUUAUAAACAGCCCCCUUCCUUGCUUCUCUUGUGCUAUUGGAGAUGGACUGUGAUACAGUGUUUUGUCUUGCACAGGUGCAGUGUGAAUAAUCUCAAUGCAAGGUAUUGUGAUCUGUUGAAAUUUGCUGCGUGCAUGUGUGCAUGUGUGUAAUGGAUUGUGUAUGAUUGUCAACCAGGCACAUGCCUGUAGGAGAUAAAUUUUGCUGUCCUCCUGGC